UGUACAAACGUAUUCGCAUGAGUUGUUUACAGUGUUUUGCAAAGUUCUAGUGCAUUGUCGUUUUCGUGCACAGAUUUCAUGUUUUUUAUGUGCCAAUGUGAAAUCAAAAGUGAAUUUGUUUGAAUGUUUUUUCUAAAUGAUUAAACAAACAUCGGCACUUAAAAUGUCGAAUGGAACUGAGCAAAAUUCACCCAUCCACAAAGUUUGGAAACCCGAAUUGUACAAAAUUCAAUUGGAAGCUCCAACGCCAAAGGCAUUAUUGCGAAGUGAUGAUAUUAAAGAUGAUUUGUUGCCGGAUUGUUAUGGAUACGAGUAUCAUGGUGUAAUGGAUCAUAAAGAAUCCGAAACAUUACUCAAUGAGAAAUGUGAUGGAUCGUAUUUGGUGCGACAAAGCCCUGGUGCGACCGAUUUUUAUACAUUGUCACUUCGAUUUAACAGCCGCACCAAACACUAUAAAAUUUAUUAUAAGCCGAAUUGUGGACAUUUUCUUAAAGAAGAUUUCAAGAGAUUCGAGACUAUUCAUGAUUUAGUGGCCGAUGGAUUGGUGAACUUUUAUAUGCAAAUGCAUGCGGCUCCAAUCAUAAAAUCGAUGAUGACACAAACAAAAAAUAGCUAUCAACAAAGUCCAUACAUGACACUCAACCGACGAAAAUUACGUGCCCUUUCGAAUGAUUUGCGUAAGAGUUUAAAAUAUGAUAAUCAACCGCCGAAUGACAAUGCCACAUCGAUUACAACAUCAUUGACCGCAGCAUCAAUUACGAAUUCAAGUGAGACAAAAACCACCGAAAAUACACAAAAACAAAACGAGGAAAAUAUGAAUCACUUGAAUUUAAAUGAAAAAAAUCAGGCAUCGACCGUCGACGAUAGCGAUGUUCUUCCAGUGGUUUAUCAGAAAUCACAUAAAUUCAAAAUUCAUACAUUCAAAGGUUUAAAUUGGUGUGAAUUUUGUGCUAAUUUCCUAUGGGGUUUCACUGCUCAAGGUGUCAAAUGCGAAGAUUGUGGCUUUAUUGCCCACAAUAAAUGUUCCGAAUUAGUUCCUGCCAAGUGUCUACCCGACAUGAAGAAGAUCCGCGGCGUUUUUGGCUCGGAUUUAACAACUGUGGUUACAGCACACAAAUGUACGAUUCCAUUUGUUGUGCGACGUUGUGUGGAAGAAGUUGAAGCACGUGGAAUGUUACAAGAGGGCAUCUAUAGAGUAUCUGGUUUUGCUGAUGAAAUUGAUGCUUUGAAAAUGGCACUAGAUCGGCAUGGUGAGAAAACGGAUAUGUCUGAAUCAGCUUAUAGCAAUAUCAAUGUCAUCGCUGGAACUUUGAAAUUGUAUUUAAGACUUUUACCUGUUCCUCUCGUUACAUAUCAUGCAUACCCAACGUUUAUUCAAUCAACGAGUUGCACAUCAAUUGGAGAGCAAGUACUAAAAAUGCGUGAGGCUGUCAAACAGUUGCCGCCAGCUCAUUUUAACUGCUUGAAAUUUGUUAUCGAACACCUUAAUAGAGUUUCUUCUCAUCACGCUGUGAACAAGAUGACCGAACACAAUAUCGCCACCGUCUUUGCCCCAACAUUAAUCGCAACACCGCCACAUUUAACUGAUUUAUCGCAAGAAAUAUUUGCACUGACUUCAUUGAUCACCCAUUGCCAUGCGGUUUUCAUGAAUUAAAUCCCAUUUUCCAUACAUACAUAUACUCAAUCGAAUUUCCAAUAUUUUAUUGCAAAUUUAGCAUGAAUUUUAUAUUGAAAAUUGAAAUUAGUCUAAUUGCAAUGUUUUAAUGUAUUUAAUUAAGUGUAUAAUCAUUAAUGAUAGGCCUAAUUAUUAUAUAUUCAAAGGCGUCAUUUUUUUCUUUGCACAAUUUUGUUUUUGCUGUACGCACAUUUAUAUAUCGAUCAUCACAUUCAAUCCCAUCAUUUUUUUGGAAAUGUUUUUACAUUUAGAUCCAAAGCGAAACAAAAACGAAAACAAAAACACAGGAACACUUUUUUAUUCGUGUGAAUAACACAAUAUUGGUAUUUAUGUUUGC